UUUAAAGUGGCUCCAGGCUCAUAAAGCCAACAUAUCUUAUGCAUUUUAUAUCUCACCAGAAAAACUAGUUUUCAGCCAGCUAAGACCAAUAGUUCACGGAUUUACGGCGCUGUUUACAUGUUGACGGGAUGUUCUGAGGAAGAAAUCAAACGCUACGUUUUAUCGUAUGGAAGCCCGCGCGGUCAAACGACUUCAGAUUGCGCUAGCAAACAAAAAAAGGGUCAACAUCGGCUGGAUGCACAACUUUUUAAGAAACACCCAACUAGUUAAGCGUCCAGUUUAAAAGGGUUUGUUUAGUUAACUUUAAUCCUCCUAUACGGUGUCUGACUCCGCCCACCGCCGCCGGCCGUGUGACUGAUGACAUUUGCUCCUGAUCCGACUUAAUUCAGGACGCUAGUUGUUCGGUGUCGCCUUUACAGGUUGAACGGUGUCCGCCCCCGUCUCUGAGGAAUGAUAUGACCUUCUGGGGAAGUUAGGACGCGUUAGGACGGCCUCCACCCGACGGAAGAUGUCUGCCGGCGGCGGGUUCCGGUGGACCGUGGUGGUCCUCACCUGCCAGCACAAAGACAGCGUGUACGCCUUCCAGCGAGAGCUGGAGCUGCGGCAGCAGCGGGGCACUCUCUCUGAGGGUGCGUUGGUUUUGACUGUGCGGGACCGCCAGGAGCCGCUGGGCAGCGGGGGCGCCACGCUGAACGCCCUGCUGGUGGCGGCCGAGCACCUGAGCAGCCGGGCCGGACACACCGUGGUGACGGCCGACGUCCUGGACCAGGCCCACAUCCUGAUCCUCCACACGGGCAGAGACUUCCCCUGGAGCUCCUGCAGCCGGGCCUUCUGCUGGCUGCCCCGGGAGGAGCCCGGCCAGAGGGUCCAGGCCCCGCUCUGCUGCCUGGACCUGCUGCUGGACCGCCUCAGUGCUCAGAUCUGCCCCGGCUCCCCUCCCGGCGUUUGGGUCUGCAGCACCGACAUGGUCCUCUGCGUCCCCCCCGACUUCUCUUUGUCCUGGGAGGGGUUCUCUGGCGUUCGGGUCCUGGGAGUACCGGGCGAGGCCUCCUACGCCGCCGACCACGGCGUCUACCUGUCCGACGCCCAGGGCCGGGUCCUGGACAUCGUCUACCGGGGGACCCGGGAGCAGAUCCAGCGAGCCGCCAUGCCGGACGGGAAGGUUCCUCUGGUGCGUCCCGUAUCCCCGCCGCGUCCCGUCCAGGUGUCCGGGCCGGUGUUCUUCAGCCGCCAGGUGUCGGAGAAGCUGCUGCAGACCCACGUCAGCCCUCCCCUGGACGGCUGCACCUACCUGGGGCUGGACUCUGGAGCCCCGCCCCUCCAGAUCUCGCUGUUCCUGGACCUGCUGAAGUGUCUCUGCUCAGAUUUGACUAAGGAUCAGUUUGUGGGGGAGGAGAGAGCCGGCUGCAGCUCCCCGGCCGGCCCACAGGGGGCGGCGGUGAGGAGCGGCAGGGCUGAGCUGUGGAGGAUCCUGAGGGGAGCUCCACUCACUCUGGUGUAUGUCCCUGGUGGUCGCUAUGACUACCUGACUGCGUCUGGGAGGCAGCAGGUGGAGCGUCUGACCCGUGAUUGGCCGGCCAGAGACACUCUGUCCCACAUCCAGGCCCAGGACGCCGUCAGCGCAGGAAGCCGAGUGAUCAACAGCGUCCUGGAGGGGCGAGUGGGCGUGGCUUCUGGAGCCGUCGUGCAGCACUGCCACCUACAGGGCCCUCUGGACGUCCCGUCGGGGUGUCUGCUGUCGGGUCUGGACGCGUCGGCGUGGCCCUGCGUCAGGCGGCUGGCGCUCAGCAGUGACAUCAUCAUCCAGGGACACCGGCUGCUGUUGGGCCAGCUGAAGCUGAACGUUUACACGGCGAUGGGAGCGCACGACGACCUGCAGGCAUCUGAUGGCGGCGCCUCCUUCCUGAACCAGAACUGGAGCAUCUUCCACAGCAGAACAGGAAUACAACCAGAGGAUUUAUGGGCCAGAGGGGAGCCGCGCUCCCUCCUGGAGGCUCGGCUCUUCCCGGUCCUCCACCCCAGAGGGGGCGCUGUGGGCCUGGAGGGGGGCGUCGGCUGGCUGCUGGGGGGCGCCGGCUGCCUGCAGAGCUGGAGGGAGGCCUGGAGGCUCUCUCUCCGGGAGGUGCUGUCCCUCACUCACCAGGAGGCGGAGCUCCUGUGGAGGGAGGAGCUUCAGUUCCUGGCAGGAAGGAGGCGAGUGGCCGACGCCCUGCGGGGCCGCUCUGACGCCUGCCUGCUGCCUUGCUUCAGGGCAGUGGUGCUGGGGGGCCAGCAGGAGGCGCUGCUGGAGACUCUGGACAGCAUUGCAGCGGGAGGCGGGGAGGAGGGGGCGGAGCCAGAAUCAGGGGCGGAGCCUGGGGACGAGCUGGGCGUGGCCGCUCGCUGCCUCUCCUGCAUCGCAGACGUGUUGGUGAUCAUGGCGGCUGGGAAGGGCGGGCUGAGGAGCGGUCCGGCUGCCAACGAGGCCUGGAGCCCUGCCUACCUGCUGCUGGAGGGGGGGGACCUGGGGGCCGGGGUCCAGGCGCUGGCUGCUCAGAGGCAGCUGCCGGACCUGCUGGUGCGGGCGGCGCGGCACUACGAGGGCGCCGGGCAGGUGCUCCUACGGCGGGCUGUGAUGUCAUCGCAGAGGUUCAUCUCCAUUGGACCGGGAGAGGCCCCGCCCUUUGGGGAGUGGCAGGAGGUGCAUUGCCCGGCCCGACUGGACCUGGCAGGUGGAUGGAGCGACACCCCCCCAAUCGCCUUCGAGCACGGCGGCUCUGUGACCAACAUCGCCGUGAAGGUGGACGGGAGGCGUCCCAUUGGUGCCCGGGCGCGGCGCAUCAGGGAGCCCCGCCUCCUGCUGGUCAGCCACGCUGCCGGGCGCCACAGCGCCGCGUCCACGGAGACGGCGUGCGACAGCCUGGGAGACCUGAAGGACUGCAGCCAGCCCCACGCGCCAGGUAGAGGCUGGAGGCCAUGGGGGUCGGGGUUUGGGUUCGGGGUCGGGAUCGGGUUCUGGGUGGGGGUCUGGGUUGGGUUCUGGGUCGGGGUCAGGGUCGGGGUUCGGGUUUGGGGUUGGGGUCUGGGUCGGGUUCGGGUCGGGGUCAGGUUCUGGAUCUGGGUCCGGGGUCGGGGUUCGGUGUCAGGGUUGGGUUUGGGGUCGGGUUCUGUGUUUGGGGUCAGGUUUGGGGUUGGGGUCGGGGUUCUGGGUCUGGGUCGGAUUCAGGUCCGGGUUCGGGGUCGGGGUUCGGGUCCAGGGUCUCUGAGGUGUGUGUGUGCUGCAGGGGCCCUGCUGAAGGCGGUGUGUGUGUGCAGCGGCCUGGUGUCCCUGACCUCCCAGGAGCCUCUGGGGCAGCAGCUGCUGCAGAGGUGGGGGGGGGGCUUGGAGCUGCACAGCUGGUCCGAGCUCCCCACCGGAUCGGGACUGGGUACCAGCAGCAUCCUGGCGGGGGCGCUGCUGGCGGCCGUGUUUCGCUGCACCGGCCGGACCUACGACACCGACUCCCUGAUCCACGCCGUGCUGCACCUGGAGCAGAUCCUCACCACCGGUGGGGGCUGGCAGGACCAGGUGGGCGGCCUGGUGGGGGGGGUCAAAGUGGGCCGCUCGGCGGCCUCUCUGCCCCUGCGGGUGGAGGUGGAGCGCCUCCGCCUGCCGGAGGACUUCCAGGCGUCUUUGGAGCAGCACCUCCUGCUGCAGCUGGUGUCCAACUCCGAGGAGUGCGCCAGAGCCUGUGUGGCCGAAUGCAGCGGGCCUGCAGCUGCACUAACAGCCGUGUCGUCCGCAGGCUCUCUGAGCCGCCUGGGCGAGUGUCUGGACCGCUCCUGGCAGCAGAAGAAGCUGAUGGCGCCCGGCUGUGAGCCGGCCUCGGUGCGGGCCAUGAUGCAGGCCCUCCGGCCUCUGGUCCUGGGCCAGAGCCUGGCCGGGGCCGGGGGGGGCGGCUUCCUCUACCUGCUGACCCGGGAGCCCCGGCAACGGGACGCGGUGCUGCAGGCCCUCAGGGGCACACCGGGCCUGGGAGACUUCAGCGUGCACUCUGUGGAGCUGGACGUGGACGGGCUCACGGCGCUGCCCCCAGAUCAGCAGGGGGGGGGCGGCAGAUGAAGCCGCAGCCUCCUCUUUAAUGAGAACAAAUGCUGCUAAUCA